AUGCCUCUUUCCCGAAAACCGCUUUCUCCAUCCACCGGAGCCGAGCGGAAGGACGGCGGAGCCGGUGACUGUGCUCUGCCGCGGCGGUUGACCAGGCAGAGGAAGCUCCGGCACCUCAGCGACCAGGACAUUGGCUUCUUCUUCUUCCACUCCGCCGAGUUUUCUUCAUCUUUUACGGGCUCGCCGGGGCCUCGCUCCCACGGCGGUUCCGACCACCGGCCCCUCUCUUCUCAGCCACAACCGCUUCCGCUUCCCGAAGCGCCGUUGACCCGUCGAGCCAAGUCAAUCAGCUCCGGUUCCGCACAACCUCGCAUCUCUUCUUCGUUAGAACUGCAUAGCUUUUCUUCCACGAGGAACGCAUUGUCUCACGAUGCAGUGACAGUGACACGUACAAAACCUACACUCUCUUUGGAUUCUACUCUUCCAAGUGCAAAAUACAAUCUGAGAGAGCAUAUUCCAGCAGCAUGUUUCUUGACAGGCCAUAGUUCAUGGAAAGACCGAAGAGCAGUGUCUCAUGGUAAUGACUCUGAAGGUAAUCCCCACUUGAAUUUGGGGGUUGCUGCCAAGCCCAAGAGUGCUCCAAUAAGCGUAGUCACUAGUCCUGAUACUAGUCCAUAUAGAUCAAACAAUGUAGAUUACUUUGAUCCUACCUCCAACUUCUCUUCGGAAGUUAAUGACAAAUUGACAAUGUUAUCAGCUAAAAGCGUAUAUAGUCCAGACCAUUCCCCUAUUCAUUGCCCUCUAAGCCUCACUCGUUACUUCCAUCCUAAAAUUGAGGAGGAAUCACAGAACCAUAAACUUCUGUCCAAGGUGAGCCCAGAAAAUAACCAUGUUGAUGCACAUCCCUUGCCUCUUCCACCUAGAGCUUCAUCACCUGCACAAUUAUCUGUUCUGCAUCAAUCAAGUACCAUGCAUCAUGCUAUUGAAAAUCUGCCUUCAGUCCAAGGUCAAUGGAAGAAAGGAAAACUUAUUGGACGAGGAACCUUUGGAAGUGUUUUUCAUGCAACCAACCUAGAAACCGGAGCUUCGUGUGCAAUGAAGGAAGUCAAUUUAAUUUCUGAUGAUCCUUCAUCUGUUGAGUGCAUGAAACAACUGGACCAGUUAAACACCUACAACUGCAAGUUAACUGCUAAUGUAAAUGAUACACAUGCAAAAUUCAUAUAUAUUCUGGAAAAGUUGGAAUAUAUAGUUGGAACAUCGAAGGAAUAA